ACAAUCCACACUCACCUUUCUCACUUUCUGACUAGGCUAUACAAUCAUCUUCCAUUUCUCCUUUCUUCAGGGCUUUCACUGUUACAAAAUCCACCAUAGUCAACACUACUUUUCUUCAAUUCAAUGGUACAAAUACAAGAACAUGAAGAAGAAGAAGAUGAUGAUGUACUUCAACAUCAAUUGAACAACAAAACCAUCAAAAACCAAAUGGAGUCUUCUUCUUCAUCUUCUCUCUCCUCCCACCACCACCACCACCAUGCCACUACAGCAACCACCACUACUCCUCCUCCUCCUCCUCCUCCCGCCGCCGAUUCCCCCACCUCUUCUCCCUCUUCCAUAUCUUCUGACCACACCUUCCACGGCUUUUCCCCCAUCAAAGAAAACCUCUCGUUCCCCUCUCCCUCUCCGUCCCCGCCGCCGCCGAACCCCCUCCCACCUCUUCCGCUGGUUCAGUCCUUAGUCCCGAUUCAUGGGGCAAACCGGCUUGUCCACGACCAACCGGAGGCAGUGACUAAGACGGAACUGGAAGCCGAGACCGGAUUCGCGGGUGAGAGGAGGACAGGUGGGGAGCAGCUUCCGGUGUUGAGGAGGGCGAGGAGAGGGAAACUUGUGAAAAGGAUGGGUUUAGCAUUGCGAUUUUGUGAAUUUGCGUUGUGCUUGGUCUCUUUCUCUGUUAUGGCUGCUGAUAAGAAUCGUGGUUGGGCUCUUGACUCAUUUGAUCGUUACAUCGAAUUCAGGUACGCGAUGUCAGUGAAUGUAAUCGGAUUUGCUUGCUCAGGUUUGCAAGGACUCGAUCUGCUUCACCAAUUGACUACAGGAAAGGAUGCUGGGAGUCGAGUUCGGUACUAUUUUGAUUUUGCAAUUGAUCAGAUAUUGGCAUAUCUUCUACUAUCAGCGUCGUCAUCAGCUUUUACACGAGUGGAUGACUGGAUAUCCAACUGGGGCAGCGACAAAUUCCCGGCUAUGGCAAGUGCAUCAGUUGGAGUGUCUUUUGUUGCUUUCGUUGCCUUUGCUUUCAGCUCUCUCGUUUCUGGCUAUUUACUUUGCACGCACAAGUUUAUGUAACUUAGGCAUCUACAGAUCGAUUUGGUGUCUUACCAUUUAUUAAGGGAUAUAUUGUGUAUAUUAGUUGGUGGUGUGGUAUGUCACACGCAAUAACAGCUGAGGUUUUUGCGCGUAGUAUAAUCCCAUGAUUAGUGUUUGUUAAUCCGCUAAUUGAUACUGUAAAAGAAUGUUCCGUUGUUUAACUAGCUUGUUGAGUUA